AUGUAUCUGGUGUACAAAUAUGCGAAGAAGAAGCUCAGAGAACAUCAGGAGGCAAAGGAGCCAGUACAAGCACUUCCGGACGUGACGGAACCUUACACGCAAGAUGGAUCCAGAUUCAACGACACGAUAGCACUGACGGCUUCACCCAGCGACACUCAUGGCCCUUUUCCCUCUGACACAUCCCAUCCCUCGCCGGCCGCCGAAGGCAGUUCCAAGGUCACGCAAGAACCCGCGGAAUCCCCUGAAGAAUGCGCGGAAAAGGCACGCCGCCGCAGAUACCGGCUCAAGAUCAUCCUCGGCCUCUUUGCCCCUUUCACCCUCCAAGCCCUCGACACAACCAUCAUCGCAUCCGCGCUGAAAUUCAUCGCCGACGAUUUCCACGAACUCAAGCAACUAAACUGGAUCAUAACGGCCUUCAACCUCACCUCAGCAUCCUUCCUGCCCUUCUUCGCCCAGCUCGCCGACAUCUUCGGCCGCCACGCCACGCUACAGACCGCGCUGGCCAUCAUCACGGUCGGGUCCGCGCUAUGCACCGCCGCGCCCACCACCGCCACCACCAACGGAUUCCCGCUCCUCCUGUUCGGCCGCGCCCUGCAAGGGGUCGGCGCCGCGGGCAUCAACAUCUGUGUGCGCACCAUCCUGGCCGACAAGGUCAGCCUGGGCGAGUAUGCCAAGAACUGGACCGUGUUCGCGCUCGUCAGUGGCAUCAGCUUCAGCGUGGGCCCCGUGGCCGGCGGGUAUCUCACGCGCGUGAGCUGGCGGUGGUGUUUCGCGAUCAACCUGCCCGUGGCGGUGUUGGGGAUUGUGCUGGUGGUGGUCUUGUUGCGGAAGGAGUUGCUUGGUCCGUUGCCGCUGGAGCGGGUGGUUGCCACGGGGGGAGAGUUGGUGGAAAGCCGGAGGCGGAGGAGGGGGGAUAUGACCACCCGGACGGGGAGGCUCUUGACUAGGUUGGGCACGAUCGACUAUGGCGGGCAGGUGUUGUUCCUUUUGGGGUUCGGGCUGCUGGUGUUGGCGUUCACCUGGGGCGGCAGCACGUAUCCGUGGGACUCGGCGGCUGUGCUGGCGCCGCUGGUGGUUGGGGGCGUGUUGGCCGCCGCGUGGUUUGUCUAUGAGUGGGCGAUGGUGCCGGGGAGGGCCAUGGCGAGGGUGUUCCCGACGCAGAAGGCCAUGAUGCCCUGGCAGCUGCUGAUGCAGCGGGACAUUGGCCUGCUGCUGGUCGUCAAUUUCGCCAACGGCGCCGCCAUGUUCGCCGUCAUGUACUUCAUGGACCUGUAUUUCACGCUGGUCCAGGGUCACGACGCCAGUGAGGCUGGCAUCGCCUUGCUGUACUAUUUGCCUGGUCUGGGCGCUGGCGCAUACGGGUCGAUGUUCUUCGCCAACGUCUGGCCACGGCAGACAGUUCCAGUCUUAUUCCUCGGCAGCAUCAGCGCCGCCGUGGGCAUUACGGUGAUCUCGUGGGCCUGCGACACCGGCUACCUGAACCUCAUCUACGGCAUGAUGGCCUUGACCGGCUUCGGCGUUGGUGUCAACAUGAACCCGGCGACGCUCCACGCCCUGGCUUACUUCCCCGGCAUGACGGCGCCCAUCACCUGUCUGGCAUCCUUUGCCUUCCCCUUCGGCGGUACCAUCACACUGACCAUCAUGAGCACCGUGUUCAACAACCGGAGCGGAGAGAACCACAUGGACCCCAAAAGCGGAAUCGUGUGGGCGUACACCUCGGUCAUUCCGAUCAUGUGGCUGUCGGUCUUGGCUACUACCUUCUUGGGGAACGUGUGGCUCGGCAAGGAUGGGAACUACGAGGUUGUUCAUGGCUCAUGGCUCUGGAGUCACCUCAGGGGUCAAAAACUUGACAAGGUCACAAUGGCGAGGGUGGAAGAUACCAGAAAAACUGAUCUGAGGGCUGGCAGACCUGGUGGAGCAGAGUCGAGGACGGAUCUUGAACGGGGAUCUAACCCACGCGGGCCCUGGCAUAUGUUGGUGAGAUAG